AUCAGCGCCAGAGGUCACAGACAAACUAGCUCAAGAAAGUCUGCGGUCUCGCAUGCUCGCGCUAUCGCAGUGCAGCCUCCAAUCCACUGCGGAUGAAUUGCACCCCUUAGGCUAUCGACUAGUGCAAGUGGACAAGAUUUUUGCAGUGUUUGCACAUGUGUCGACGACCAUGACGACAGGGAUAGCUGGGCCUGGGACGAGUGGCCAAUCUCAAUCCUAUAGAGCAACGUCUUCAAGUGGCAACUAUCUAUUCUCGAAGUGGCUAGAUGGAUGGUAUUGCAGUGCGACAAGUCGAUACUUCCUGGGAUUGGAGCGAUGGUUUUUGAAUGUAGACGAAUACAAAGGCACCGAUGUGAAAGCAAUCUUUGAUGGGCUUUCUGUGGGAGAGAGACGACGGAUAUACGUGGAUCGAGGAUUAGUGAGGCCUCCUUCCUCCUCGUAUUAUUUUGAUUCUUCUGCUCUACAGGAUUCUGGAGCUGAAUCGAAGACCGGAACAAGCAAACACCAGAGAAAGGCGUCUCCAGAUUAUCAACACCUCCUCGAGUUAGUUUACACAUCUCCCCGUCCUGGCGUAGCCGCUUUUCUAGAGGCUUCCGGUAGGGGUCAUUGUGUCCGACGCGAUUCUUCUGCGCCCAAGCUGUGCGAAUGCUUUCCGCCUUACCGCGGUCCAGUGUGCGAGAGUGUGGAUUUGCCAAGAGUUCCAGAGUCUCUUAGCAACGACGAGAAGCCCAAUUGCAUCCAUUACAUCAUCGACGCAACGCAUCUAGAGGAGCUCAAUUUUGCUCUGGACAAUUUGUGGCGGAUGUUCAACAGAAACUGGGACUAUCCGGUUCUGGUGUGGCAUGAUCAUGGGUUUGUUCUUGAUUCCCCCGAUUCCGAUAGUCGCGGUGUCUACGAUAGGUUGAAGGAAAUACUGCAGAAGACUCCAAAUCGGGUAUGGACUUAUGUGAUGGAAAAGUCGAAAACAGUGGAAAAUUGGGAAAGCAUGACUGCGGUGAGCUCAUCCUCGAAAAACAUUGCCCAUCAUUUACGUGCUGGCUAUUCGGAGCAAGCCAGAUAUCGCGCAGGCCCUCUGUUUGAGCAUCCGGCUUUGAGGAACUUCAGAUUCGCUUGGGGUUUGGACACUGAUUCCUAUUUUCCGAGGGCUGUAAUGGGGAGUGUGUUUCCUCCAGAAUACCCCGGUAAUGCGGAAAUGCUGAAGAAAGAAGAGGCGACCAAGAAUACUUCGGGAGGUGAAGGUGCACAACCGUCGCAGAGGACCCAAGCGCAAGCGCCAUCCCUGUCUAAAGCAUUGGGUUACAAAUAUAUCACUCGAUCGACGCCAGCAAACAGUCAGAAUUUGUACUCGUGGACUCAGCUUUUUCUUUCGACGAAGCCUGAAUGGAUGGAGAGCAAGAUGCUCUUCUGGCCGCGUCGGAUGUCGGGGAUGAAAGUGGGAGAUGUGGAAGAAGAUCAAGACUCUUCUUCAGGUUCAGAAAGAAGGAGAGAAAAGACUGGACAAGGCGAGUCUUUCCCUGAAAGUGGAAGCGAAGAGGACACUUUCAGCUCCUCGUCCUCUCUUCUGCCAAAAGACAUGGCGAAUUACGUGAGCAGCAGCGCUUCUUUGUGGACGGCAUUCGCCACUGGUGCUGGGAAUAGGUACGCACUAUUGGCGGAGACUAGCGACGCUAGACAAGAACAAACCCAGAAGGGCGAUGCUUCGCAACAAGAAGAGCAAAAAGCUACAGCUGCCCCAGCAAACGCGCCUGCUCCUCCAACGACCUUGUAUGACCAAUUGCUGAUGACACUACCGGAGUACCCUCUUGGUUUUACGUGGUCUUUGGGUGUUGUAAUGACAGACUGCGAGAUCGUAAAUUUGGACUACUUUCGACGCGCAGGCGUUGACCAGCAGAGCAGUCGUCCAAGCCUACAAGAUGAAGCAACAGGGGCAAAUCGCCACGCCGCCACCACUUACCAGCAGUACUUUGCCUUUAUUGACGGGCUAGAGGGUCAGGUACGGUCUAGGUGGGGCGAUCAAGCGAUCCGUGGACUUGGGGCAGCUGUGUCACUCUUUCCACUAGAAGCUCAGAAAAAUCGUAGUCUAACAUGGCAAAUGACUGAGGUGCCCUACGCACAUCAGAGCUAUUGCGAUUGUGCGGGAUGGCGAUGCGUCAAAGUCUGGGACCCUAAGUGGGGUGAAUUUAAGGACUUGGUGGUAGUUUUUCGAAGCAAGUGCGGAGUCCUGCUCUAAGGCAAGGCUUAGACCCAACAAGUCAGCAUAUUUCUGAUAAACUACCACUACCGCAUCAGCUAAUGAAUAUCUCGCGCGGAGAAGCACGGCGGAUUGGAGAAAGAGACGCACCAAGACGGAUGACGCCGCACAGGUAGAGGAGAAUGCAGAUAGGGAAGUACUGGAAGAGAUCCGCAAUUGGAAAGCUAGGGUUGUGGGAUAUCUUAAUUUGGAUAGGCCAGGUGGUGGCGAGAAUGCUGGAUUCCUCGAAUCAACGUGGAAGAAAAGACUAUAUUCUUGUGUACCACCCUAGUGCUUUUUAAUGACAACUUUAAUCUUGGCCUUUACGUUUUCCUCGUUGAUAGCACCUAACUCCAUACAACAAAAAUCAGAUACCAUUAGCAACAAAAAGCCAAACAACGCGCGCGCCAGGUAUGAUGUAGAUUUACGUUUUUCAUUUCAGCGCGAACGUUAGCAGCGUACUUGAAUGGAGGACUUUGUAAACCAAG